ACAGUCGUACAUCGUGGUUGCUCAAUAAUUUCUACACGUGUGAUUUAAAUACCCGAACUCCGAAAUGUCGCUACAAUUGGCAGAAAGUUCCAUGAUGAAUGGUGAUGAUGUACUUGUAAAUGGAGAAAUUUGUAAGAAGAAGAAAUCCAAGAAAGAAAAGAAAAAGACAUCUGAUGAUGUAGAAACCUCCAAAGAAGCAGAAGUACUUCCCAAAGAGGAAUCCCCAUCAUCAGCAAAGAAACCAAAGAAGAAGAAGAAGAAGGAUUCCGAUGAAGAAGGAGAGGAUGAAAAGGAAAAGAAGAAGAAAAGGAAGAAGGGUUCUGAUGAGGAAGGAGAAAAUGAAAGUAAGAAGAAGAAAGUGAAGAAGGAGAAGAGCGACGAAGUUCAACAGAAUGGCAUCAAGAAAGCACAGCCAUCAUCCAGUCAGUCCGUAGAUGAGGAGACUCAAGAACAGUUGGGAGCCUUCUCAAACUUUGGUAUUGGAGCUCAUACCAUAGAGAAACUCAAAGCCAAAGGAAUCAACUACUUAUUUCCCAUCCAAGCCAAAACGUUCAGGCCAAUUGCUGAUGGAUUUGAUGUCAUAGCCCAAGCACGAACUGGAACUGGAAAGACAUUGUCCUUUGUCUUGCCUCUGGUGGAAAAGUGGCAGCACUUUCCUCAGAAGAGUGGCCGACAGCCCAUCAUCCUCGCCUUGGCUCCUACCAGAGAACUUGCUAAACAGAUUUCCGAGUACUUUGAAAAGAUCGGUCCACAUCUCAGCACCACUUGCAUCUACGGGGGCACCGCCUACUGGCCGCAGGAGUCUGCCAUUCGGCGUGGUCUGGACGUUGUCGUUGGAACGCCUGGACGUAUCUUGGAUUAUAUCCGUAAGAACACCCUCGACCUGUCCAAACUGAAGCAUGUUGUACUGGAUGAAGUGGAUCGGAUGCUGGAUAUGGGGUUUGCGGAAUCGGUGGAGGAGAUUCUUGGCGCUGCCUACAAGACAGGUGAAUCAAGUGAUUCUGAGGAAACUCCUGUGAAUCCACAGACACUCCUCUUCUCUGCAACGGUUCCUCCCUGGGUCUACCAGACAGCAUUGAAAUACAUGCGCAAGGAUGUCAAGAAGGUGGACCUUGUGGGUAGGGAGAGGAUGAGGACAGCCACAACAGUUCAGCAUUUAGCCAUCAACUGUAGCUACUUUGACCGACCCGAGGUCAUCAGCGAUGUCAUCAAGGUCUACGGAGGCCUGGACGGCCGCUGCAUGGUCUUCUGCGAGACCAAGAAGGAUGCAAACGAGCUGGCCAUGAGCUCUGCUAUGAAGCAGGAGACGCAGGUCAUGCACGGGGAUAUACCCCAGACACAGCGAGAGGUUACUCUGAAGGGUUUCCGAGAGGGUAAAUUCCAAUGCCUGGUCACCACUGACGUAGCAGCAAGAGGACUGGACAUUCCUGAAGUUGAUCUGGUCAUCCAGUGCAACCCACCUAGGGAUGUUGAUUCUUACAUCCAUCGAUCCGGGAGGACAGGGAGAGCUGGCCGUAAUGGAGUCUGCGUCUGUUUCUAUAAGAGAGCAGAAGAGAGAGAUCUACAGAAAGUAGAAUACAAAGCUGGCAUCAAGUUCAAACGUGUAUCUGCUCCUCAACCUGGUGACAUCAUCAAGUCCUCCAUCAAAGAUGUUACAGAUUUUCUGGAUGCUGUGCCUGCCGAUAUGAUCGCCAUGUUCAAGGUUGCAGCGGAGGAUAUCAUAGCCGAGAAGGGAGCGGUGGCAGCCCUAGCAGCAGCUCUGGCUCACAUUACAGGCUCGAAAGCCAUGAAGACGAGGUCAUUACUCACAGCAGAAGAGGGCAAGACCACAUUCUUCCUGGAGACUCAGUCACAGCUCCUGGACGUUGGGGAGGUCUUCCGGACCCUUGGACGCUACAUUGACAGGGACGCGAGAAGUGCCAUCAAAGGCAUCCGUCUGUGUGCUGAUCAGACCUCGGCCGUCUUUGAUGUGACUGAUGAUCAGAAGGACUAUUUACUGUCUCUAUGGAAGGACACGCCCGAAGCGCAACUCACUGUCGCAACGGAGCUCCCGGAAAUACUCGCCCCGGCCGGGUCAGGUUCCUUUGAUGACCGGAGAGGCAGCGGAGGCGGGUACUAUGGAGGAGGCGGUUAUAGGAGAGGUGGAGGAGGAGGUGGUUUCAGGAGAGGAGGAGGAGGAGGGUGGGGUAAUAGGAGUGGAGGAGGAGGUGGUGGAAGAGGUCGAGGGGGUGGGUUUGGUGGACGUGGAAGGGGAGGGCGGGGCGGAGGCUUCAAUAGGAGAUAAUUCUGGACCAAGCUGUAUCAUUAUUGCAGACGUUUCAGAUGAACUGCUUGGCCUAUGUACCAGAAUAUUCCACUUUGCCUUUUAAGGUAUAUUAUUUAACAGCCGUGAAUGGGUGGAUAUGUAUGUUCUAUAUUUUAAUGCAGAAUAUUGUCAUUGAAUAAAUGUUUUUAGAUAUUCCCCAUAUUCUAUUUUACACUGAAUAAGGCAGCUACUCCAAGAUCAAUGAUCAGCCUUGCGUGAGAUUUUAAAGGGAUGGUCCAGCUGGAGAUAUUUGUAUCUCAAAAAAUAGAGUAAAAUUCACAAAGCAAAAUGAUGAAAAUUUGAUCAAAAUCGGAUAAAAGAUAACAAAGUUAUUGAAUUUUAAAGAUUUGCAUUAUUCCGUUGAAACAGUUCUAGGCAUAUCUUAAUGAAUAUUCAUUAGGUGGGCUGAUGAUGUCAUAUCCCCACUUGUUCUUUUGUAUUUUAUUAUAUGAAAUAAGAUUUAUUCAAAAAUUUUCUACCAAAAACUAAAACAAUUGGAUUUACAACUGAUUAAGUGCAUUACUUAUUCAUUGCCGCAACUUAUUUCAUCAUAAUGGAGACACAUCAUUUUCACAUGUAUGAAAAAAUGAAACAAUUGUGAUUUCAUGUAAUAACAGAAGAAAAAGGAAAGUGGGGAUGUGACAUCAUCAGCCCACCUAAUGAAUAUUCAUGACGAUGUGCAUAUAACUGUUUUCACAAAAUAUUGAUAAACUUUACAAUUCAACAACUUUGUUAUUUGUUAUCCGAUUUUGAUGAAAUUUUCGGCGUUUUGCUUUGUGAAUUUUACUUUAUUUAUUUAUGCUCAAUUGAAUAUUAAACAUGCAAAGUUCUGCCCAGGAAAAGAUAAUGAUAUUUGAAGCUUAUGCCAAAUCUCAGACUCGCCAAAAAGCCUGUACCGGGUGACCCUGGUGAUCAUGAUGUAAUGGUGCGGACACCCAUCCAAAUUCAUUGAGUGCAGUGGCUAAAGAAUUUGGUCCAGAAUGGGAAUGCGGACCAUCCCAGAUUCCCCAGAUUUAUCUCACUUCAAUGAACAUCACACAUGCUAUUUCAUUGAGACAUACUUAGGUUAGCCUUGGGGGCUAUUUCAUGAAGAAAUUCUUUAACCUUAAAUAUAUUUAUACUGGGGGGGCUGAUUCAGCCCCCCUUAUGAGAUUGGCCGUUGAUUGCGACAAAAAUUGGUAGCCACGUUUCCCAUGGCAUAAUCUACAAAACUACAAGAUCAAAUUCUGCAAAAACGCUCAUUGCCAAUUAAUUAUGCUAAGAAGAAUUUGAUCUGAUGCCAUGAGUAAAUGUGCGUUCCAAUUUUCGUCGCGAUGGCGUUGUGCGAUCGACAUCAUAAUUGUGAAAUUAUGAUUAUGAAAUUAUGAUUAGGUGUCGAAAUAGCCCAGUCUAUGUUAUGAUUGACUUUCCAAAUGACUGGAAUGUAAAGUGUCAAGAUUAGAAGAAUUAAAAAUUUCCCUCUUUAGAUUAUUGCAAAACAUAACGCCCCCCCCCCCAUCCUGUUAGGGGUAUGACUUUAGGAACUGCUUUAUGACUCGCAUCCAUUAAACCAGAUGAUGAAUGCUCAUUUUUUUAGUUGUAUAUAGGCAUUAUUCAUUUUAUACAAAAUAUGUAUACUAUUUUAUUUCAAGUCCACUUUACAUUUAUUAUUGUAUAUUUUUUUUCAUUUAUUUAGGGUACCGGUACUCAAUGAAUUUGAAUAAUGACUAGUUUUGUUUAUUUCCCUAAUUACCGUGCACUUUUCUUUUAAAAGAUUUUUUUAAGGAAUACAUAUAUUAGCACCCUCCAUCAUAUUUUCAUGUAUUUCAUUUAAUGAAGACUCAGACAUUUUAAUGUAGUUCUCCUAAUUAUGUUAUUUAAUAUAAUAUUAGUGAGAGAAAAAAAAUACUUUUUAUAUUCAUGUUAUGUAUACUCUUUAUUGUCAAGGUAUGAAGUCAUAUUCAUGAUGAAUCCUGUAUAACUUUAUUGUGCAUAUACAGACAUACCUGUAAUUCAAUAGAAAUAAAAAAUCGUACUGUAAAUACA